AAUCUACACAAUAAUCCAAAUAAGUUUAAUUGGAUGAUCAGACUAAAGCACACACACCUACACUCGCCCAGUUAAACGAUAUGGAGUAUCCAACAUUCUUCCUCUUACUAUCUUGCCUAUUGCCAUUCAUCUAUGCUAUCAGCAUUUCCGGCCGCCGCAACUCACGGCUUCCACCAGGACCUUAUGGUUUUCCUAUCAUUGGAAACCUCCUAGAAUUUGGCCCCAACCCCCACCACUCACUGGCUAUACUAUCUAAACGUUAUGGUCCUUUAAUGUCACUUAAGCUUGGAAGCAGGAUGACGAUAGUCAUUUCAUCACCAGAUAUGGCCAAAGAAUUUUUUCAAACACAUGAUAUAUCAUUCUCUAGCCGAUCAGUUCCUAAUGCUGUUCGAGCAGGGGACUCUGAUAAAUACUCCAUAGUGUGGCUGCCGGCAGGAGAUCGAUGGCGAAAACUACGAAGAAUAACUAAAGAAUAUUUGUUCUCUGUGCAACAGUUAGAUGCUAGCGAAUUCCUAAGAAGGGAAAAGGUGCAAGAACUUCUCAACCAUGUUAGUCAAUGUUGUACAGACCAAAAGCCUUUGAACGUAGGUGGAGCUGCGUUCACCACAUCUCUUAACAUUCUCUCCAACUUCAUGUUUUCUCUGGAUCUUGCUCAAUACGGUCCCGAGUCAACACAAGAAUUCAAGGACGCUGUAUGCGCCUUGCUGGAAGCUGGCGGAAAACCCACUUUACCAGACCUUUUUCCGAUACUUAACUCAUUGGAUCUACUAGGGUUAUCACGAAAGGAAAACGUUAAUGCUACUAAGUUACUGACUAUUUUUGAAAAGAUCAUCCAUGAGAGGUUGCAAACUAGAUCGGAUUCUUCUUCAUAUGAUGGCAUUUCAACGACAAACAACGAUGUUUUAGACUUGCUGCUCAAUCUGAACCUGAAAAAUGAAUCCAUUAUUAGUCAAAAUGAUAUGAAACACUUAUUUCUAUCGUUAUAUAUCGCGGGAACUGACACAACAUCGAUCACUGUGGAAUGGGCCAUGGCCGAGCUCAUUCGUAAUCCAAAGAAGAUGGCAAUGGCCCGGUUAGAGUUAGUUAAAGUCACACACAACAACAAUAGAAAUAUACAAGAAUCUGACAUUUCUCAACUCCCUUACAUACAAGCUGUGAUAAAGGAAACUCUGAGACUGCAUCCUCCCGUCCCUUUUCUUAUACCACACCAAGCCAUACAUGAUGUUGAUGUUCAAGGUUUCAUUGUGCCUAAAGAUGCACAAAUCUUGUGUAACGUAUGGGCUAUGGGUCUAGACCCAAACAUUUGGUCAGACCCAAAAAUAUUCAUGCCAGAGAGGUUUUUGGACGUGAAGAUCGACUAUAAAGGCCAUGAUUUCGAGCUCAUUCCGUUUGGUGCAGGGAGGAGGAUUUGUCCGGGAUUGAAUCUUGCUAAUAGAAUGUUACAUAUAGUAUUAGGAUCUUUGAUUCACAAAUUUGAUUGGAAAGUCGUGGGAAAUUGUAGAACACAAGAUAUCGAUAUGGGAGAAAAGUUCGGGAUCACAUUGCAAAAAGUUGUACCGCUCAUGGCUAUCCCUGUCAAUUUGUGA